AUGUUGAUGAGACAAAAGGAAGAAUUUCCCUCUCAAACAACUUUGGACUUAAUUGUCAACUAUCCCCUUGGGAAAUCAAUCCUUACCGAGGCACUUAAUCAACACCCUCUCGACCAUCACGUAUCAACCCAACCUGUCCCCACAUCAUUCCAGCAUAGUUUUCGAACCUCGAAUCGUAUUGCUAAAAAAGAAUUUAUUGCAGUGGCACUUAAGAUUUAUGACUGGAAGGAAGAGGGUUUAAUGCUUGUACGGAAAUAUAACGGUGUUAAACAUUUAAACGAAGAGGCAUUGAAACAAGUCUUUAUCGAUACUUUAAUUCUCAUUCUUCACACAGAUAUUGAAUCAGAAUUUCAGGUGUAUUCACAGAAAUCUAAUUUUGGUGGAAAAUCAAUUGAUUUAGUGAGAACAAAUACGUAUAGGGAAAACGAUAGCGAUCGAAUUUGA